CAACGUGAGGUUGUUUACUGUCUGCUAUCAGCCGUCUAGACUAGAAAAAAACAGAUGUACGCCCUCUGACAGAUAGAUAUCUUUUUAUAUUAAGAAACCAUACUCAGUGGAAGACAUGGGGAAGCCAAAGAAAUCGAGUGACCUCAGCCGAGCCGAGCUGAUGAUGAUGACCAUUGCUGAUGUCAUCAAGCAGCUGGUUGACGCUCAUGAGGAGGGAAAAGACAUCAAUCUAAACAAAGUGAAGACUAAGACUUCAGCUAAAUAUGGACUUGAAUCUCAGCCUCGUUUGGUGGAUAUCAUCGCUGCUGUUCCACCACAAUACCGUCGCGCUCUGGUGCCCAAACUAAAGGCUAAACCGAUCCGCACAGCCAGCGGGAUUGCAGUGGUGGCUGUGAUGUGCAAACCACAUAGAUGUCCACACAUCACCUUCACAGGCAACAUCUGUGUAUACUGUCCUGGAGGGCCAGACUCAGACUUUGAGUACUCCACGCAGUCUUAUACUGGCUAUGAGCCAACUUCUAUGAGAGCCAUCCGAGCACGAUACGACCCCUACCUUCAGACCAGACAUCGGGUUGAGCAGCUGAAGCAGUUGGGUCACAGCGUGGACAAGGUGGAGUUCAUCGUGAUGGGCGGCACCUUCAUGGCUCUUGCCACAGAAUACAGAGACUACUUCAUCAGGAACCUACACGAUGCUUUGUCCGGACACACAUCCAAUAACGUGGAGGAAGCCGUCAGGUACUCGGAGCGCAGCAACACCAAAUGCGUAGGAAUCACCAUCGAGACGCGGCCUGAUUACUGCCUGAAGCGACACCUCAGCGACAUGCUGGGCUACGGCUGCACCCGGCUGGAGAUAGGAGUCCAGAGCGUGUUUGAAGACGUGGCCCGAGACACCAACAGGGGUCACACAGUGCGAGCCGUGUGUGAGUCUUUCCAUCUAGCAAAAGACGCCGGAUUCAAAGUUGUGGCCCAUAUGAUGCCAGACCUGCCCAACGUGGGCAUGGAGCGGGAUGUGGAGCAGUUUAUUGAAUUUUUUGAGAACCCAGCAUUUAGGCCUGAUGGUUUGAAGCUGUACCCAACUCUGGUGAUCCGAGGUACGGGUCUAUAUGAGCUGUGGAAGACCGGUCGGUAUAAGAGCUACACACCCAGCGCCCUGGUCGACCUGGUAGCCCGAAUCCUGGCACUGGUACCGCCCUGGACACGAGUGUACCGAGUGCAGAGGGACAUCCCCAUGCCGCUGGUGAGCUCCGGAGUGGAGCACGGCAACCUGAGGGAGUUGGCUCUGGCCAGGAUGAAGGACAUGGGCACUGAGUGUCGAGACGUGAGAACCAGAGAGGUGGGCAUCCAGGAGAUCCACCACAAAGUCAGACCCUACCAGGUUGAGCUGGUGCGGCGGGACUACGUGGCCAACGGCGGCUGGGAGACCUUCCUCUCCUACGAGGAUCCCAAACAGGACAUCCUGAUCGGCCUGCUGCGUCUGCGCCGCUGCUCCCCUCAGUCCUUCCGUCCGGAGCUGAAAGGCGCCGUCUCCAUCGUCCGCGAGCUGCACGUUUACGGCAGCGUCGUCCCGGUCAGCAGCCGAGACCCCAGCAAGUUCCAGCAUCAGGGCUUUGGUAUGAUGCUGAUGGAGGAAGCAGAGAGAAUUGCCAGAGAUGAACACGGCUCCUGCAAAUUGGCUGUUAUCUCAGGUGUAGGAACCAGGAACUACUACAGGAAGAUGGGCUAUGAGUUGGAUGGACCAUAUAUGGUGAAGGACCUAUACGAAUCUGACAUGAACUGAACCUGGGCGAGGAUUUUAUUUAUC